AUGGAAAAACUGCUGUCGUCUGUCGGUAGGCUGAGUGUCGUAGCGGGGGGGCUGAGCUUAAUUCCUUACACUUUCAUUUAUGACGUAGAUGGAGGAGAAAGGUGCGUAAUGUUUAAUCGAUUUGGAGGAGUAAGCGAGAAUACUUACGGAGAAGGAAGCCAUUUCUACAUCCCAUGGUUCCAAACUCCGUACAUAUAUGAUAUAAAAAUGAAGCCCAAGGUGAUAAAUACGACAACGGGGACGAGAGACCUACAAAUUGUUACCCUCAGUUUGAGGCUACUCUUUAGACCGCACACAAAGCAGUUGCCCUACUUACAUAGUACGCUGGGGCCCGAUUACGAUGAGCGCGUUUUACCGUCCAUAGGAAAUGAAGUGCUGAAGGCAGUUGUUGCAAAGUACAACGCAGAAUCACUACUAACUCAAAGAGAUAAAAUUUCGAAAGAAAUCAGAGAAAGCAUCACGGCACGAGCCAAACAUUUUAACAUCCUGUUGGACGAUGUAGCUAUUACACACCUCAGCUAUGGAAAAGAAUUUGCAAAGGCUAUCGAAGAUAAGCAGGUGGCUCAGCAGGAAAGUGAGCGAGUGAAGUUUAUCGUAGCUAAAACUGAACAAGAGAAAAUCGCCGCUGUUAUUAAAGCCCAGGGAGAAGCGGAGGCAGCUAAAUUAAUUUCCUCAGCUGUUAAAGAGUAUGGAAAUAGUUUACUUGAAAUUAGGAAGUUAGAAGCAGCUAAAGAAAUAGCUGAGAAUUUAAGUAAGUCCAAAAAUGUUACUUACUUUCCAGCUAGCUCUAAUAUUUUACUGAACCCUAAAAAUUUAUAG